AAUAUUUUUGGUGGGGUUGCCUGGUCCAGGGGACGUGUUCGUUCUUCAGCCAUGGCGGGGCAGGGUGAUCCGGUUCAGAGAGAGAUUCACCAGGACUGGGCCAACAGGGAGUACAUUGAGGUUAUUACCAGCAGCAUCAAAAAGAUCGCCGAUUUCCUCAAUUCCUUCGACAUGUCCUGCCGUUCCCGGUUAGCUACACUGAAUGAAAAACUGACAGCACUAGAGCGAAGGAUUGAAUACAUCGAAGCAAGGGUAACCAAGGGGGAGACCCUGACUUAAAAAAGGUGUGUCUCAAGAACUGCUUGGAGUGUGGACUUGAUGUAAUCAUGUCAGUGAUGAACCAAUACCAUCACAAGUCUAGCCAUCAAACUUCUGUCCCUUUCUAUCUUAACUCUGAUCAUUGGAAGCUUUUUACAAGAGAGUUUGAAAUAAUGAGGACUGUGAAUUCCAUACUACCCUGGUUAGCGCACUCAUUUGUAAAGAGGAGGCACUGAAUUAAACGGGUGGGGUUGAGGGAGGGAACAUAGGCCAGGAGGGUGGGAGGGAGAGAGGGAGGGUAUUGUGCCAAAUGUGUUUGUGGUGGUUUUUUUUCCCCAAGGUUUCUAGAACUGUUCUAACUGAGCUGUAACGUAAGUGGAGCCCUUUCUUUCCAUUUUACCCUUUGAAUAAUAUCUAACCAUUUGUAAUGUUCAGCAUGCUAGCUCUCCAGCUAGCUCCUGGAUGAGCAAAUAACUGCAGUGUUUCUUAGCAUUGCGUACGUAACAAUUUUUUUUGGGGGGGGUGGGGCAGUGGGUAUCACACGUAAAUUAUCAUGUUGUGGUUUAUUUUCAUUGCUACGGUGUGGUUCAUUGUAUCUUGAAAAUAAAUAUGUGGAGUAAAACCAUUUUUUUUCAUGUCAUUAAAGGAGUAUAUUGCACUUGAAGCAUUUUUCAGCUGGGCUGGAGUUGGGGGGUGACAAUGGCAUUAGUAAGAGUUCUUACCUGUCUAAAUGCAUUUUCCUCUUAAUCAGCAGGAAUGCCUUGUCUUAUAACAACGCAGGGUUGUUUAGCAACUGGAGCAGUUGCACAGCUGUAGUUUAUUGAACCCGCCUUCACCACAAAUAGCCAUCCCUGACGUAGUAGUAAGAAAAGUAUCUAUAACUUUUCAGAAAAAAAUGCUAUACACUACACUUCAUUUGGAAGUCAAAUUGCAGUGCUAGUGACUCCACAAAGACUAAAACACCCUUCAUGACUUCUGGACAUCCCAAAGUGCCUCAGAACAAAUGUACUAUUUGAAACGCGGCCACUGUUGUGACUUAGGAAAAGUGGCAGCCAAUUUGUGCAAUGAGAUUCCACAAACAGCAACGUGAUGAUGGCCAGAAUUGGUUGAGGGAUAGAUAUUGGCCAAGACAUUGGAGAGAACUCUCCUGUUCUUCACAGUAGUGCCACGGGAUCUUUUAUAAGCUGAUUCUAAUUACCUGAGAAAUUGCUGCAGGCUGUGUCUCCGCACAUUUCCACAGGAAUGAAAAUAAGUCACCGGCCCUUGACAUAGCCAGCAAACCCCAAUGGUGAACGGCAGCACAGGCCUCGCAACAAGUUGCCAGUCGAUAGCCUUGGGAUUGGAACAGAGCACAGCCGAAUUAAAGGCUGGGAAUAUUAUGGCGUGGAGGGAUUCACUUGAUCUGCCUUUUGGCUGUUCAAUGUACUAAAUUUGCAGGACAUCUUGCACUGUAUGUUACCACAAGGGAGUACAAACUCUAGCUGCAAAAAGGGGAAGCUUAGAUUUAGCCACUGCACUGACAUUGGGGAGUAUGUGAAACCGUGGAUUCAGCAUAGCAACAAAAUAGAUAAUUGACUGAGAGCCAUUGUGCACGAGUGAUUUGUCCAUGGUCACUUUCAGGCUUUCUACCCUUAUGUCCCUUUCAUAUUGCCUCUGCUGCCGAUUUCUAAGUCCAAUCAGCUGGUGGGAAUUUUCAACACCAAAGGUAUUUGAAGAACAGCAUUCGGUUUACUUUUAAGUUUUCCUGACCCUUGAGAAUGUAUACAAAGUACGACAUGCAAAAUGCAGCUGGAAAAUGUUUGAUUAUGAAAAGGGUGGGGAGAGAUGAAUGUAAUAUUGCCAAAUACAUAAGUUUGAAUGAAGAGAGUUUUCACAAUUAAAAGUAACUUGCAGCCUA